GGCCUCCGUCGGCAGAAGAAGCUGCCUCAGCUCUUUGAAAGGGCUUCUUCCAAGUGGUGGAACCCCAAGUUUGACUCCAACAACCUGGAGGAGGCUUGCAUGGAGAGGUGCUUCCCACAGACCCAGCGCAGGUUUCGCUAUGCCCUCUUCUACAUCGGCGUGGCCUGCCUUCUCUGGGCCAUCUACUUUGGCAUCCACAUGAGAGAGAAGCAGCUUGUUUUCAUGGUGCCGGCUCUGUGCUUCCUCUUGGUCUGUGUCGCCUUUUUUGUGUUCACUUUCACCAAGACGUACGCCCGCCAUUACGUAUGGACUUCGCUGAUACUCACCCUCCUGGUUUUUGCUUUGACUCUGGCUCCGCAGUUCCAGGCUCUCAAACCUAUCUCAGGAAGUGGUGACAUGUCCAAUCGGACUCCCCCGGCAGAUCCCACAGACACUUGUCUUUCUCAAGUCGGCAGUUUUUCUAUGUGUAUUGAAGUGCUCUUGUUGCUUUACACGGUGAUGCACUUACCCUUGUAUUUAAGCUUGUUUCUGGGACUGUCGUACUCGGUCCUCUUCGAGACCUUCGGUUAUCACUUCCGUGACGAGACCUGUUUUACCCCUCUCGGAGCUGGUGCAGUUUACUGGGAGCUGUUGAGUAAAGCCUUCCUGCACGUCUGCAUCCACGCCAUCGGUAUUCAUUUAUUUAUCAUGUCCGAAGUCAGAUCGAGAAGCACAUUCCUGAAAGUGGGGCAAUCCAUCAUGCAUGGAAAAGACUUGGAAGUGGAAAAAGCCCUGAAAGAAAGGAUGAUUCACUCUGUUAUGCCAAGAAUAAUAGCCGAUGACUUAAUGAAGCAGGGGGAUGAUGAAAGUGAAAACUCCAUCAAACGUCAUUCCACCUCAAGCCCCAAAAACAGGAAGAAGAAGCCCUCCAUACAGAAAACCCCCAUUAUAUUCCGUCCCUUUAAAAUGCAGCAAAUAGAGCAAGUGAGCAUUUUGUUCGCAGAUAUUGUUGGCUUUACCAAAAUGAGUGCAAAUAAAUCUGCUCAUGCUCUUGUGGGACUCCUGAAUGACCUCUUUGGACGUUUUGACCGUCUGUGUGAGGACACUAAAUGUGAGAAGAUAAGCACUUUGGGGGACUGUUACUACUGCGUAGCUGGCUGCCCGGAGCCGCGGGCAGAUCACGCUUACUGCUGCAUCGAGAUGGGCUUGGGGAUGAUUAAAGCCAUCGAGCAGUUUUGCCAAGAGAAAAAAGAAAUGGUGAACAUGAGAGUCGGUGUUCAUACCGGGACAGUCCUGUGUGGCAUUUUGGGAAUGAGGAGAUUCAAGUUCGAUGUGUGGUCCAAUGAUGUCAAUUUAGCCAAUCUGAUGGAGCAGCUGGGGGUGGCUGGAAAAGUCCAUAUUUCGGAAGCUACUGCAAAAUAUUUGGACGAUCGUUAUGAAAUGGAGGAUGGAAAGGUGAUCGAGCGAGUUGGUCAGAGCGUGGUAGCCGACCAGUUAAAAGGUAUGUGCUUUUAUCUUGUGCUUGGUCUUUUUUCCUGUUUUCUUUCUUUUUUUUUCUUUUAG